AUGGGCGUUGAAUCGGUGGCGCCGUCGCCACCACCUCCAAGAUCGGAAGGAAAAACCGCUUUGCUCCAAAGCCCCAAGAUACCCUUCUCACUGGCUCUUCUCUUCGCUGACGUCCUCCUCGUCACUCUCGCUGACGCUCUUUUCGUUAGCAGAUUUCUCAAAGGGGAGAGAGACUUUCGCAACCUCAAAGGCGACACUGGUCCUCUCAUCUACCCUGCUGGCUUUCUCUACAUUUACUCUGCAUUUGAGUAUCUUACCCAAGGACAAGUUUACCCUGCUCAUGUCACGCAUUCAAAUUAUUCUAUUUCUCAUUCUACUCAGUUAAUCUGGGCCCUUUGCUUGCUUUCUCUAUCCAAGAGAGUUCAUUCCAUCUUCGUGCUUCGUCUGUAUAAUGACUGUAUGGCCAUGACACUUCUUCAAGCAAGGGCGCCAAUUAACUGUAACCUUAUCCAUUGA